AUGAUGAUGGCCCGGGUUUCCUCCGCCCUGUUUCUUGCGAUGGUGGCGCUUGUCCUCGCGGUGCCGGCGCUCGCCGGCGACCCGGACUACCUCCAGGACAUCUGCGUCGCCGACCUCAAAUCAGACCUCAAGGUGAACGGGUUCCCGUGCAAGGCGAACGCGACGGCGGACGACUUCUUCACCGGGGUCCUCGCCAAGCCCGGCGCCACCAACACCACGGCCGGCUCCGUCGUCACCGGCGCCAACGUGGAGAAGGUCCCGGGCCUCAACACCCUCGGCGUCUCACUCUCGCGCAUCGACUACGCCCCCGGCGGGCUCAACCCGCCGCACACCCACCCGCGCGCCACCGAGGUCGUCUUCGUCCUCUAUGGCGAGCUCGACGUCGGCUUCAUCACCACCGCGAACAAGCUCUUCGCCAAGACCAUCUCCCAGGGCGACGUCUUCGCCUUCCCGCGCGGCCUCGUGCACUUCCAGAAGAACAAUGGUGACAAGCCCGCCGCCGUCAUCUCCGCCUUCAACAGCCAGCUCCCCAGCACGCAGUCCCUCGCCAUGACGCUCUGCGGGGCCUCCCCGGAGGUACCCGACGACGUGCUCGCCAAGGCAUUUCAGAUUGACACUGUGGAGGUUGACAAGAUCAAGGCCAAGUUUGCCCCGAAGAAGUGA